GAAUAGGAAACUCUUUUGAAUGCAGCCUAAAUGCCAAACCUCAGAGGUCGAUGUCCGAACCCGUGCGGAAAUCGGUGAUGCCAUCACGUUUUAUUACAUAAAACACUGUGUGUUUACACUAUUGACUUCCUGUUUCUUGCAUGUGCAACGGUGCAAUUCAUUGAAUCUGCCUAUGUGCAGUCAUUCGCCCAUGCAGUAGAGCGGCACCUCCCAGUUUCUCCCCCGAAAAGUUACUUAUCACAAAAAUGUCUGUCAAGUCUGAACGGUUUGAGCAAGAAUCUAUUUGGACCCCACUAUCGAAAUUUGAGACUCACGAACACGGACAUUUCGGCUUCAAGGGAAUCGUCUGAAGGUAACACAUUACCGGGAUGUAAAAAUGAUUGGAAGUGAAUUGGGCAUUUCCACAUCAAAGAUACUGGCUGGACCUGGGCCCCAAUGGCAGACUGACAGCCCGUGCUGCUACUGCGGACCUACUCUCAGACCUGGAGGAGUGACCCAAUGACUAAACUUCUGACUAAAGUCCACUGACCACUUCACACUAACACCCAGAGGGAGUAGAACAUCUCGCUGAGCCAAGCUGUAUUUGGAGCUUUGUAGCUACUGGCCUGGCCAUGUUGAGAGGAAGAACUGUACUUCUCCUGCUGGUCCUCUGGGCAUACCUGUGUUCCCAUGGGGAUGGACUGCGAGCCCUGAGGAGGACUACAGGGGGGAGGCGGGGGGACGCAGGGGUGGGGUUGACGCUGAUGGGACAGGACGCUAAUGGAGUGCCUCUGAGACGCUCCAAACGAGGAUGGAUGUGGAACCAGUUCUUCCUGCUGGAAGAGUACACAGGGUUGGAUCACCAGUAUGUUGGCAAGCUCCACUCAGAUGGGGACCGGGGUGAUGGUAGCAUACGAUAUGUCCUGACCGGUGAUGGAGCCGGUAGUCUGUUCAUCAUCGAUGAGAACUCUGGGGAUAUCCAUGCCACUAAGAGAUUGGACCGGGAGGAGAAGGCCUACUACACGCUCCGGGCCAAGGCUGUCAACAGAAUCACUAACACCUCUCUAGAGGGAGAGUCAGAGUUUAUCAUCAAGAUCCAUGACAUUAACGACAAUGAGCCCAAGUUUACCAAGGACCCCUACUUCACAGAGGUACCUGAGAUGUCCCCACUGGGCACGGUGGUGACGCAGGUGACCGCUACAGACGCUGAUGACCCUACAUAUGGUAACAGUGCCAGGGUGGUCUACAGCAUCCUGCAGGGACAGCCAUACUUCUCCGUAGAGCCCAACACAGGUGUGAUCAAGACAGCCCUGCCUAACAUGGACAGGGAGACCAAGGAGAACUAUGUGGUUGUGAUCCAGGCUAAAGACAUGGCUGGACAGAUGGGUGGGUUAUCAGGGACCACCACAGUCAGCAUUACCCUCUCUGAUGUCAAUGACAACCCACCACGCUUCCCAAAGAGUCUGUAUGAGUUCAAAGCUCCCGAGUCGACAGAACCGGGCUCGACGGUGGCUGUGCUGCGAGCUACGGACGCUGACAUCGGCAGGAACGCUGAGAUGUACUACCGAAUCACCAGCAGCGACGGCCCCGCCAUGUUCGACAUCUCAACCAAUAGGAGCACACAGGAUGGUGUCAUCACCCUCAGGAAGUCUCUGGACUUUGAGAGGAAGCGGUCCUACACUCUAAGGAUCCAGGUGGAGAACUCCAACCCUGACCCUCGGUUCCUGCUCUAUGCGGCGACCACGGACGGGGCGACGGUCAAACUGAUCGUGGAGGAUGUGGACGAGCCGCCCGUGUUCGACCGGGUCGGCUAUGUCAUGGAGGUCAAAGAAGACGUGGCGGUAGGCACAAUCAUUGGAUCAGUCAGCGCCACAGAUCCAGACAGCAGCCGCAGUCCCGUCAGGUACUCUAUUGACCGGCGUACAGACAUGGACAGGGUGCUCAACGUGCACCCAGGUAACGGCUCAGUGUUCAUGCUGAGGACUCUGGACAGAGAGGACAUUGCCUGGCACAAUGUCUCUGUUAUUGCCACUGAGUUCAACAACCCACGGCUGAUGAGUCGUGUACCAGUCUAUGUUAGAGUACUGGACGUUAAUGACAACGCUCCUACGUUUGCCACUUACUACGAGACAUUUGUCUGUGAAAACGCCAAGGCUAACCAGAGGAUUCAGACAGUAAGUGCUGCAGACGCUGACGAGCCUAUUGGUGGACACAGGUUCUUCUUCAGUCUAGCGCAUGAGGCUUCUGUGAAAGCCAACUUCACCGUCAGAGACAAUAAAGACAACACGGCAGGUAUCCUGACCAGACGGAACAGCUACAGCCGGCUACAGAGGAGUACCUAUCUGGUUCCCGUGGUGAUCUCGGACAGCGACUUCCCCAUGCAGAGCAGCACCAACACCCUGACGGUGCACGUUUGUACCUGCGACCGCGAGGGGAACAUGCAGCUGUGUAACCAGGAAGCUCUGGUCCUCACCGCAGGCCUCAGCACUGGAGCCCUCAUGGCCAUCAUCUUCUGUGUCCUCAUACUGCUCAUGAUUGUGGUGCUGUUCGCUGCCCUGAGGAGGCAGCAGAGGAAGAAGGAGCCUCUGAUCAUCUCCAAAGAGGAUGUGAGAGACAACGUCGUCAGCUACAACGAUGAAGGGGGCGGAGAGGAGGACACCCAGGCCUUUGAUAUCGGCACGCUGCGCAACCCAGAGGCCACAGAGGAGAGCAAACAGCGCAGGGACAUUAAGCCCGAGACCCUGCACCCUCCCGUCCGUCGGACUGUGAUCCUUCCCCCGGCCCAUAGGGACAACGCGGACGUCAGGAACUUCAUAAACCAAAGGCUUCAGGAAAACGACCAGGACCCCACCGCACCGCCCUACGACUCCCUGGCCACCUACGCCUACGAAGGGAGCGGCUCAGUUGCUGAGUCCCUUAGCUCCCUGGGCUCCAUGACCACAGAGGGAGACCAGGACUAUAACUACCUGAGCGAGUGGGGACCCAGGUUUAAGAAACUAGCUGACUUGUACGGGGGAGAGGACAGUGACAGCUGCAGGGAUUCCUAAUGAGAGAGAAGGAUCUCGUAAGAGGGGAGCUAAAGGAAAACGUACAACAAACAAAUAAACACUCGCACACUAGCUAAAGUGAACUUAACUCCUGGUACUGUGUUGAAGUGGCAAACAAUAGAUCAAAACAAAGAGGACACAAACAGACACGAGGCAGUAUUUUACCGUCGUUGAUCACCGUUGAUGUUUGACCUCUCUGGAGGACUAGGAGGAAGAAGCUAGGUGUAUCCUGUCAGUAUUAGUGGUCUUUCUCUGCUUGGCAGCAGGGGACUCCUGAGGAAAGACUUGUUGUACUUUACUCUGUACACCAGGCCCACAAACACAGUAUCUCUAUAUACAAACAAACUUCUACUCUUUUCUUUUUCAAAAGCUUCCUGCAAAGGAGGGAGUAACAGCAAGCGGUUUUGUGGUGGACUUGAUAGACAGACAGCGCCUAUUAAUUUUUCAGUGUUUCUGGGACAAAAAAAGCUGCAUUUUGUGAGUUCUAUCGUAGCUUGUGUGUGCUUAUCUGUAAAUCGAUACAAUACAGUGUACAGUUAUGUUUUGUUUUCAGGCUUCUAGCGUCCCAUCUACCCCCUUAUAGCAAUGACUCUGUAUGUCACAAUGCUAUUUUGAGGUCACACAAGCCUUGCUGAGAGGCUGAAUGCUUUAUCUCUAUGGGUACACUCAAACUGUCCGCCAGUCACCCACUAUGGCAUAAUUGACUUGAAGGGGGACAACCGCUCUACUCAUUCUAUUUCUAUGGGUUGGACGUCACAAAACACACCUUUCUGACUGUCAAUACCUGAUCCACAUCUCCUUAUAGUUUUGCAUAUAUCCUGCCUCACAAAUGGCACACUAUUCCAUAGUGCAUUACAUUUGUACUAAGGUACAUAAGUCUCUGGUCAACAGUAGUGCACUAUCUAGGGAAUAGGGUGCCAUUUGUGACAAACCCAUACAGUCAUGAUCGAAAUUAUUGGCACCCUUGAUGAAGAUGAGAAAAAAGACUGAGCUGUAUUUUAUGCAAUUUUUUUGGAUUAUACUAAUACAAUUGCUCAGAGAAAGAGAUUUUGUUUAACAAGUAAUACAUGGCUUUCUCCAAAAAAUUGUUGUCAAAAUUAUUGCUCAGUACUCUGGUACCCUCCACUUGUGAGGAUAACAGCACUUAGCCUUUUGCUAAAAUGUUUUAUGAGAUUGGAGGACACAUUGGGAGGGAUCUUAGACCAUUCCUCCAUACCGAAUCUUUACAUACAGAUUUGUUUUUAAUUAUUGUUAUAAAAAAUAUUUCUAUGAGCAAUUGUAUUAGUUUAAAAUAAUAUAAUUGUCAAAUGAAUUUAUCGUGCAAUAUAGCUCAGUAUUUUUUGCUCAUAUUUAUCAAAUAAAGGUUCAAUUAAAAAAAAUCAAGGAUGCCAAUAAACGAAAAUCAAGGAUGCCAAUCAUUUCGAUCAUGGCUAUAUUCUCUGUGGGGGUAGCUGAAACACCUGGACCAAAAAGCUCCUCUGGGCGCUGUAUGUAUCUGAAGAACUUUUAAGGCACCCUCUUUAAAAAGUGUUACUGUAAUAUCUGUCAUAACAUCCUUGUUGACCGGCUGAAGAAGUGGAUGCGAACCCCUGGCAUUGACCUCGUCUGGUUCAGGUCAUAUUUAUGUGGCAGAUGUUUCUCCGUGAGCAUGGGUGGUUUAGUAAUGUCCCCAGCAGCUAUUCACUAUUGUGUCCCUCAGGGGUCAAAUCUGGGCCACAUCCUUUUUUACCUGUCCCCUUGGUGACAUCAUCCACAAUCAUAACAUUCAGUUUCACUGCUAGGUGGAUGACAUACAGCUUUAUUUACCAAUCAGACCCAGUGACCAAGCUAGCAUAGCUACCCUUCACAAGUGUCUUGCUGACAUCAAAUGUUGGAUGUCUGAACAUUUUCUCCAGCUCAAUGAUACAAAAUCAGAGGAUGUUUUAUUUGGCCCCCAUCUAGAUUGUAAAUAACCUUGGUCAUUUGUCCACCAAUGUAAAGCCUACGGCCAGUAACCUUGUCUUCUUUGACCUUGACCUCGAGCUGCAUGUAAAAACGGUAGUCCAGUCCUGCUUUUAUCAUCUAAGAAAAAUAGCUAAAGUCAAGUCUUAUUUCAGUCACUGAUCUGGAGAAAGUUAUACAUUCUUUUUAUUCCUCAUGCCUAGAUUACUGUUACUCUUUGUAUGCAUGUCUCAGUCAGAAAUCACUCCAUUGUCUACAGUUAGUUCAAAAUGCUGCAGCUCGGCUUUUAACAUGCACCAGAAAAUGUUACCAUAUCACACGUAUUUUAGCUUCUCUACACAGGCUACCAGUCACUUUUAGAAUAUAUUUAAAAAUUGUAUUAAUCACAUGUAAGGCUAGGCUUGGUUUAGCCCCAUCCUAUAUCACAGAUAUUGUAUCUCCCUAUGAGCCAGGAUGCAGCCUGAGAUCCUCUGGCAGGGCACUGCUGACCAUUCCAAAGUCUAGGUUGAAAACGAAAGAAGAGCAGGUAUUUGCCAUUAGGGCCCCUGGACUUUGGAAUGGUCUGCCAGAGGAUAUCAGGCUUGCCGAUUCAGUGCCUCUUUUUAAAUCCCUGCUGAAGACACACUUUUAUAAAGAUACAUUGAAAUCAUACAUUAAAGGUAUGAUUUUAAUUUGCUAUCAUUUGUCAUUUUCCUUCCUGUCUUUGUUAGUACUUUUUAUUUUAUGAAGUGAAGCACUUUUUACUUGUAUUAAAAUGCGCUAUAAAAAUAAAGUAGUUAUUAUUAUUAUUAUGUAUUCUUAUUGGAAGACUGUCUGUAGACAUGAAAGCAUAGAGGGUUACAGUAGCAGUGUGUUGCUUAGUAUAAACGAAACAUGCAGUUCCCAUUAAACAUUAAUUCCUUACUUAGUGUUUUACUCUGUAUGCUUUUCUGUAUUUUAAAACAGUUUCCUUUUCAUUCAAAUGUAAGUAAUUGAUUGAUGGUUGACUAUAUAUUUGUGAUGUGCACACUGACAAAAAGGGCAUUCUCAGGCUUGACAUAUUGGGACUAUGUGGGGGAAAACGCUGCCUAUUAAGGGAAAUAUGAUAUUUCAGUUGUGAGGAAGAGGGUCGAUAUUCCCUUGGGAUUGUCCUUGACAUAGGAGGUAAAGGUCAAUACAAUAUUAGGAUCAAGAAAUGGUUUGACACAUACGUAUGAAAUGGUCAUGAAAUGGUUUGCCAUCAUAAAAUGGUUUGACAUGUAUGUAGUAAGAAAAUAUAGCAAUUCAAAUGAAGCAAAGCAACCCCAAAUUGUCCAAGGCCGCAAAUGUCAAAUUAAACAGUAGUAGCAUUGCGAUAUUGCCUCCAAGCAUUAUUUUUCUAUGAUUUAUGAACAAACAGCUUUGAUAUUGUUUAGCUGAUAAGAGGAAUUUAUGAGGGAGCACUCAGAGGGCAGCGGCACAUCAAGAGAAAAAAAGUGCUGAGAUGCAUCCUAAAAGACCCUUUAUUCCCUAUAGUCCACUAAUUUUGCCCAGGGCCCUCUUCAAAAGUAGUGUACUAUAUAGGGAGCAGGCUGCCAUUUGGGAUUCAGCCUAGCUAAAACAAGCAGUGGCUACUCUCUACUAAAGGCCAACCUGAGGACUGAUUACAUUUAGCAGACAUUUCAAACUAAUAACACAACUGACGUAAUUGCCACAAUGACGAUUAUAUUUUUCUCUAUGUCUGCAGCAUUUACAAUUCACACAAAUCGGACUUGAUACUUUAUUUUUCAAAAAUAUUUUCCAAGUGCCCACGGAUGUAAAAAAUCUUAUAAUUUGAUGAAAAUGGUGUGGUAGCUUAGACAGUCCUCUAAGACAAGAACACACUUGUUAAAAAUGUAUACUACUAUAAUAUGCUCAAUAUUAUAAUAAGAAACUGUGUAAAUUAAACAAGAAGACCAUUGAGCACCCACUGUGUAAGUGACUGUUUGAGAUUGUGGCACAUGUGGCUUUGAUAAACAGCAUUUAUUUGGGUUUCUAAACCCUUCACACUGAAAAACAACUGUUAUUCUUCUACUGCCCUGAGGGUUUGACAUCUAGUUUAUGUCAGAAGGAGAAAUGACAGCAGCAGACUGCAUUAUUGUUUUCCUUCCUUAAAGGGACAAUCUGGGAUUGGUACAUCCAUUGUCUCUCUUUAAUACAGGGUGUCAGCAGCAUAAUUUCACUAUAAAUACAUGUUUGUGCAUUAACACCAUGCUCAGCUAAGGACACAAAUUAAACAAACAGUACAUCAAGCAUCGUGUAACAACACAAGCCAAAGCUAUUGGCGGUUUCUAGAGAAGAGUUAGCUGCCAGAUAUGGCUAGCCUACAGUAUACAGUACUGAUGUCCUCUUUCUAAAGAUAUGUUAAUGUAGACAGUUGGCUAGCCUUAAGGUUGCCUCUAUAUUAUGUUGCUGACUAUGUUAUUGAGCAGUCUAUGGCUGUGUCCCAAUUCUCCACCCUUCUCCUAAAUGGUGCACCUGCACGCUACCAGUCAUGGAUUUACAAGAAUAGGAAUGUAAAUCCAUGCAAGAAGGUAGCAUCCUGUUCAGGGGCUGUACAUGUACAUCAAGCUGCCUCACCCUACAGAAACAGGGGCUCUGAAACAGUGUGCAAGUGCACACUUAAGGGGAAUGAUGGAGAAUAGGGGUGCAGACAUUUUUUUUCUAUGUGGAUUAAUACUAUGAGAGGUUAUAGUAUGUGAAGUUGUUUAAAUGGGCCCUGUCAUGACCCGAUGCCCAUUAAUUCAUCUAUCUGCUUUGUACAACAUGAUUUUGUACUGGAUAUUUACAUGAUCCAACAAUUAAAUUUCUUCAAAAUCA